AUGUCAGGCUGGAUGCAGCCGGGUAUCGUGCUCCAGGCGCCACUGUUGGUGGAGGACGUGGUCAUCCUCUUCAGACAGAAAGAGUGGGCUUUGCUGACUGUGGCUCAGAAGAAACUCUACAGGGAUGUGAUGAUGGACACCUUAAACAAUGUGGACUCCAUAGGUUCCAGCUGGGGAGAGAGACCGUAUGAGUGCAAGGAAUGUGGAAAAGCAUUUCGGAAAUCCGGUGAUCUCUCUUCCCAUCUGAGAGUUCACACACGAGAGAAACCUUACAUGUGUCAGGAAUGUGGCAAAUCUUUUUGGCGAUCCAAUCACCUCACCGCACAUAAUAGUGUCCACACUGGAGAGAGACUUUACAAAUGUCAGGAAUGUGGGAAACCUUUUUCCCGGAUCGAUCAUCUCCGUAAACACACAAGGAUUCACACAGGAGAGAAACCUUAUCAGUGUAAGGAAUGUGGGAAAAGAAUCGCAGCGGCCGGAAGAGAAGCGUGCUCGUUCCCAUGA